GUGCAUGAAUGUGUGUGUGCUGCUGUUGCUGCCGCCUCCCUCCCUCUGCCUCCCAUCUGCAUCUGCUGCAGAGCUUAGCCAACAAGCAUCUCUACGCAGUCUGUCUUCUCGCUUUUUUGUCCGCGCCCGCCGCCAUGGAGACAGGACAAUCAGCGGGCGUCACUUUCGGAGUGUUGAGGACUGGGAAUGGGAUGCACGGAGACACAUCACUGGACUGACCCAACCGUCUCCAGAAACAGCCGCCACAUAAUUUUUUUCCCCCAUCCAUCCCCUCUUCUUCCUCCUCUUCAUCUCCUAUUCUGCUGCUUGCGCCACUGUGGGAAUGCAGCGGAGGUAAACCAGCCAUUAAGGUUCCCACCAGCCUCCUUGCACCACCAGGAGCGGAUCUAUUUGCAAGCGGACGCCAAUAAAGCCCAACGGGGACGAGGGUGUCUCUCGCAGGAAAGUGGGGCCGGGUGGUGCUUGGAUGGCAUCAACUUCAGCAAAUACUGGAUUACUUAAAAACAGGAGAGCUGGCAGACGUGGCUGAGCAAGGGAACUUGAACUAAAAGGAAAGACUUUCUAUUUUCACGCCAUGGAUUUACAGCGCUGAUCUCCAUCACCUUGCAAAGGAUCGAUACUCACCAUUUUUUUUUUAACAAGGGAGUGAAGCACCUUUGGAUUUAUCAUCUUUGAGAAAACCACCCCCACCCUCACCUGUGCAUACCUUGUGAGCGUGUGUGUGUGUGUGUGUUCUUGUGCAUGUGUGUGUGUUUGGUUUCUUGUCCGCCAGAGGGAGUGUGUGUCGCUUAUGUCUGCAUGUUCCAGCGGUAAAAUAUUUGUUACAUGAGCGAUGUGCUAGAGUAGCGGUGAGUGCAUGUAUGUGAGUGUCUUAAUUUAUAUUUAUAUUAAUACAUAUAUACAUUGGUAUACUGUAUAUACAAAAAGCUUGCUGUGUAUGUAAGAUGUGCUGCCUCGCUUUUCUGCCAACCAUUUCUCCCGUCUUUGGGCAACCUGUUUGACCUCCAAAGCUCCCUGAGAGACCAAAAAGCACAAUGAGUGAGCACUCGGGUGCAAGCACUCUAGCGGCCAUGACUCUGGAGGAGCCCGGUGCUGAGCAGGCGUCCCCCAGAGCUCCGGGCCCCCUCCGCUGUGGCCCCUGCGCUGUGUGGCCUCGCCAGCAGACCUGGUUGUGCGCCGUGCCCUUAGUUAUGGGCUUUGUGGGCUUGGGACUUAGUCUCAUGUUGCUGAAAUGGAUUGUGGUGGGAUCCGUCCAAGACUAUGUCCCAACAGACCUGGUGGAUCCCAAAGGUAGCAUGGGGCAGGACCCUAUCUUUCUCUCAAAACCCAGUGCCAUGCCCAAGGGGCCAGACAUCUCUACUGCCACCACGUCUGCCACCUCCACCAGUGCAAUGGUGUCCACGACAACGCCGCUAGCUGCUGACGGGACUGCACCGGCGCCAAGAACUCGAUUUGGGCCACCGGUGAACCACUCAGCCAAUGGCAGUGCCGCUGGUGCUGGCGAUGGCAACCAAGCCCCACACCUUCAUAACCGCGUGGGAACGCGUGUUGGCGGUACUGCGGUCGUCACGUCCACCACCCGCUCCCCCCGCAUCACCCCACCGCCGAGCGGUAAGGAAGUGACCCCUCGCAGCACAGUCAGGAAAGUAAGUGGCCGCAACGGCCAUUCAAAGCCAGCGCAGACCACCACUGAGGCCUCCACAACCUCCAGCACUACCACCACCACUGUGAGGAUAACCACUAAGAUGCAGCCGACCACCUCACAGCCAGCUGCCCACCCCGUAAAGCCCACAUCUCGUUGGACUCAUGGACGUCAAGGAAAGGGCCCUGCGACAAGGCCUCACCACCGUUUCCGAACCCCUAUGGCCCCAACACAGCCUAACCUGCGCUCAGAGGUCUUCAAACCUUGCAUCGACGAUAAGGACUUGGCCUUUUGCCUAAACGAGGGGGAGUGUUCUAUCAUUGAAACUGUAGCCGGGGUCCAUCGACACUGCAGGUGUAAAGAAGGCUACCAUGGUUUACGGUGCGACCAGUUUGUACCCAAGACUGAUGCCAUCUUGUCCGACCCAACAGCGGACGAACUUGGCAUCGAGUUCAUGGAGAGCGGUGACACCUACCAGAGGCAGGUGUUGUCCAUCUUCAGCAUCGCCUCGGGGAUCUGUCUUCUCGGAGUGGCGUGCAUGGCUCUCUACCGCCGCAACAAGAGACAGCGAGAAAAACUCCAAGCCCACUUUUCCGAAAGUCGCACCUUGAGGGACGGCAGCGUCAACGCUUCCGGCCUGAUGUCCAGAUCUACCACAAUAACUCAAUUCAGCGUCCAAAAGAGCGGCAGCACCCACGGGUGUCCUUCCAACGCCGAGCCAGGAGCGCCGACCGUCGCACCGCCCGUCCUCGGCAGAGCGCUGUCUAAAGGGAAACGCUUCAGGAGCAAUUCCCUCUCGUUUAGCCCGGUGCUGAAACGGAAGGAGAGCAACCACGUCAGGACGCCGCCCAUUUCUGGAGGAAUGCUGAAACUGCCGUCCAAUCUCGCGCCUCACGUCUACAAGCACUUGCAGGAGGAGGAGGAGGAGGAGGAGGAAGAGCCAACACACUUGGAGUCCUUAAAGAGGUGCGACGCUGCCGGCGGGGAGGUGAGCGCCCUCGUCAGCAGGACCCCUCCCUUCAGAAAGGGAUGGACCGAGGUCCCUUGCACCCGGCUGGACAAAGGAAGCAUCUUCCCUCCGCCUUCUCUGCGCACGCGCUCCGUUCCCAUCAUCCCGUCGCUCCAGGCUUGUGACCUCCAGGGAAGGCAGUCAGACGUGGACGAACACAACCGAGGGGGGCGUUACGUCCAGAUCGCCAAUGAACUCGAUCCAGAACUUUCCACCUCCAAGACAAAACCAUCAAGCCCGGGACAAAGAGUCCAGUAUUCCACCGGAGGUGCUUUGAAGAUGUCCAUCAAGAACCCCAGCAGCAGAGGAAACACCAGUUGAUUGGAUUAACGCUGCAAACUCUCAAAGACUCUGGUUCCGAUACUUUUUGCUGUUGGGACUUGUGUGGCCAAGGACCAAAGUGGGGCAAAUUGAUCUGCACACGAAAAAAACUGUACGGAAAACAAGCACACAUUGUGAAUAAACUCAUAAACAGGACAACAACAACAACAACAAAAAAAACACUAUAUAAAGGGAGCGUCUCCCUAGAAACCAAAAUAGUGUGUCUCUAUGUUGUUUCUCUAUUGUAAAGAAAUGAAAGUAUAUAUGUCAUCUAUUAUAUGUCACAUAGACGUAUAUAUAUUUGACAUACCAUUGUGACAAAAUAAAGACUAAAGAUUA